UGUCAUUGUCAAGCUCAGACUUAUCCUUGUGGUUUUUUAUUGUUUAUAUUAGUAAAAGUGAUUGUUUAAAUACAUUUGUGAUAAUUUUUUAUUGCAAAUAAACAAUGAAUGGCCGUUGAACUUUAAGAAUCAGUAAUGCGUAUUAUAUAAAAACGUUAAAAUGGCUGAAGAUGGUAUUGACUUGAUCCGGGAGAUAUUAGUAGAUGUAGAAUUAAGCCAGUUUUUGUUACCUAUAAGAGAUGAUCUCCAAAUAACACGACUAGAACAUUUCGAUUACGUGAAGGCUGAAGAUUUAGAAAACAUUGGAUUAAGUAAACCAGGUGCUAGACGAUUGUUGGAAGCCGUCAAGAAAAAACGGGCGCAAAUUAGGAAACGCAACUUAAUCAAUAAAUUAAUCCCGGUCGUCGCUAAUAAAACAGCGACUUUGAAAAAAUCUGACGAAAGUGUGACUUUAGCCGACUUCACCUCUUGUCUCAUUCCUGAAUCUAAUAUUACUUUGUCAGUUAAGUUGGGUGAUGGCUCUUUUGGGGUUGUGCGAAGGGGCGAAUGGACAAGUCCCAGUGGGAGAGUGCUUCCAGUCGCUGUUAAAAUCCUCAAAGCUGAUGCUUUAUCUCAACCGGGAGUUUUUGAGGACUUUAUCAAAGAAGUCCAAGCUAUGCAUGUCUUAAGUCACCCGAACCUAAUCCGUUUGUAUGGAGUCGUACUGUCUCAACCUAUGAUGAUGGUGACAGAGUUAGCAAAUCUAGGAUCUUUAUUAGAUUAUCUCAGGAAACAGUGCCAACAAACCCMGGUGCCCAUGCUGUGUGAAUAUGCUACACAGGUGGCUACUGGAAUGGCGUAUUUGGAGAGUAAACGGUUUUUGCAUAGGGAUUUGGCCUGUAGGAACGUUCUAUUAGCUUCAGCUGACAAGAUCAAAAUUGGUGAUUUUGGCUUGAUGAGAGCUUUGCCCCAAGAAGAAGACUGUUAUGUCAUGACUGAGCAUAAGAAAGUCCCCUUUCCGUGGUGCGCCCCCGAGUCCUUGCGUUCGAGACAGUUCAGUCAUGCGUCAGACACCUGGAUGUUUGGGGUGACGGUUUGGGAGAUGUUCACGUUUGGGGAGGACCCAUGGAUGGGCCUCAUCGGUUCGGAAAUUUUGCGAAAAAUUGAUAAGGAAGGAGAAAGGCUUCAUCAACCCGAAGCGUGUCCUCCGGCUAUUUACAGUAUUUUACUGCAAUGUUGGCUCAAGAAUCCGACUGAACGGCCGACGUUUGCGGCACUGAAGGACUUUUUCCGGAAGAAUAAAACGCCAGUGAUGAAGGCGGUGGGGGAACAGAACGAGCCGAAUAAAUUGAAGAUCGAGGAAGGUGAUGAAAUUGCGAUUAUUGAUGGGAGUGCAGAAUUGUAUUGGUGGAAAGGUCAGAAUCAGAGGACGUUUGAAAUUGGGUUGUUUGCCAGGUGUUUGGUCAAUCCCAUGAGACCCAAACAACCCGAAGACAUCAGCAAACCCCUUCAAAACUCCUUCAUCCACACUGGUCACGGUUCAGCCUUCGGCGAAUCGUGGGGUAGCCCGUCCUAUAUAGACGACAUGUACUUGAGGAAUCCUAUGGAGCCCCCCGAUGUGCUCGGUUUGCACCGAGAAGUUAAACCAUCCCCGCAGCUUUGUGAUAGAACUAAAAGUAUCAAAAACACAAAUAGUCUCAAACAAAAGCCAAGUGAUAAACAAUUCAAUUAUCGGAAAUUAACUAACGAAUCUAGUUUUAAAAUGAAACCUCAAAGGCCACCUCAGCCUAAAUUUGAGACGAGUCGGGAAGGUGUUUUAAUUGAUUUGUCGCCAGAGAUGAGUUUGUCUAAACAAAGCACUGUUGGUAGUACUGAUUCACGAAGUGUGUCGAUUUUGGAUGAACCUAUCGACGUGAUGCAAGAGUAUGAGUAUCCACCGUCAAAUGCACCACCCCCUUACCAGCAGCCCCCCUCAUACUACAACACUAAAAUGCUCGAACAGUUAACCGAUGAUCCGUUUGACACAUCUCGAGUUUAUUCUCCCGAACCUCGACAGCCCUAUUUUGAAAUACCAACAACAAACUCAAAUAAUUUUAAAUCGAAUAACGAAAUCAAAGAAAACGGAUACAUCAAAGGUGAUAUUGCAAAUCGUGCAAUGAAUUAUGGGCCGUCAACUAAGAAUGAUGUUCAAGUUGUUACAUCCAAAGGUGUCUCAACGACUCCUAAAGAAAUCGCAACUCCAAUCUCAAGCAUAAACGACGUAGCUUUGAUGAAUCUCAACCAAGUGCCAAGUACUAACGACACGAAAUUCGUCCAAGAAUUCGAAAAAUAUCUCCUGYCCAAACCCGAAGUCCCAAUUUURCAACCUCCUCCUCAAAAUUCCAAAAAAUUUGAUCCAGUCCUUCCUAAAGUCCAAAACGGAACUUACUCGAAUCUAGAUACUUACAGUAAAGGCUCGAAAUACGAUACGACGAACGUUUUCAAUAAAAUUUGGUACGAUAAUAUGACCAAAGAAAAUGGGAACGUGAAACAAUGCAAAAACUUUGACAUUCCCCCGAGUUCUACUAGUCAGAAUUUUUAUCACCAUUACGACCCGGUUUCGGAUCGACUUUCUAUUUCUGGGGUCAAUUUUUACGAUAAUUGUCACGCAGCUGCGGAUAAUUUGUAUAAUAAUACGUCGUUUUUGGUACAGCCGAGUUCGUCGCAAAGCUCGUUCAGUUCGUGCAAUACUCAGACGGCCGUUUACGGAUCGUACAAUUCGAUAAGGCAAUAUAACGAAGUCGCCGAUGCGGUGUAUUCGGAAAUUGCGGAAAAUUCCUACAGUCAGGUGCCUGAGGAAAGUCUGAAGCCGCACAGACCGGCGCCACCGUCGCCCAUGGUGCAGAGCAUGCAGCAAAUCCAGCGUAAGAUACAACAAGGACAGUUGAGUGCCGACGCUGAGCGUCUAAUGACUUCAGAAUAUCGCAAUAACAAAAUAAGUCAAGUUCGGGAAUGCGUGCCCGAUAUCAGCACUAGUGAUUGUUUACAGGCUUUGCAACUGUGUGGGUGGGAAGUGGCCGCGACAGUGAAACACGUGAAAAUCGAUAAAUUACUCAAGCUAGGAUUGGCCAGUCGUGAGCGAUGCGAGGCGGCUUUACAACGUACAAAUUGGAAUGUUGAGUUGGCAGCGUCGGCUAUUUUAGACAGUUGAAUUUAAUUAGGAAUCAAUUAACCGUGCCAAAGAUUAUUAUCACAGAAACAAAUAGUUAAAUUAGUUUUAGAUUGUUAUUGUAGCAACGUGACAUGACCGCUUGUGAUAAAUAAUUUAAAUUUAGUUUUGUUUAGUACUUCCAUUUUUAUAUUUUUUUCUCAGUGAGGUGUGCCAAUAUUUUGUGGCAAUUAAUCGAAUCAAUUUUACCUACAAUAUAACACCUAGACGUGUAGGUGAACGAAUUGUACACUCAGUUGGUUUUUUAAUGAACUAAUAGAAUAAUAAUUGUUCAAACUAUUUAUUCUAGCGAAUAAUCAAUCUUAAUUUAGUUAAAUAGUUGUUAUGUAUAUAAAUCAUCAGUAAACUAUAUUUUUUUA